AUUCACUGUGUCCCGAGCUGAUCAUGCAGCACAAAUUUAAAGGGCUGGCUGAUUCCCAAGCAAUGUCUUUCUUCCAUACCCACCAGCUCCCGAAAAACCAUGUACUUUUGCCAUCAAGUCCGAUUUUCCUAAUUUACAUCCUGCCGAACGAGAAUCGUUGAAUCGUUUAGGUCAAUUCGGUUGGUUCUACUCUCAACUCAAUGAAUUCUGCAAGGACAACAAUCACCACCACCAACCACUCGGCAACAACUACAACAGCGAAAACAAAAGAUCGACCAUUGGUGCAUACGCACAAGCACUCAUGGCAUCCCUUCAUGGAACACUUGACGGAUAUCGACAAGACAUUUUGUCCAUGGAACGACAUAUUUUAAACAAAGACUACGACUCUGGCGAUGGCAUAGUACCAACUUCACUCCUGACGUCUUCUCUUGGCCACUGGGAACUAUUGCUUCCUGCCCUACUUCAAUUUACUCAACGACUCUCGGAACAACUUGUUAUCACCAGCAGCAAGGGCAGUGGGCUUCUAUUACUCGAUUUCGUAUUAGAUGAUGCAAGGACGGGCCACGACGCGUAUCGACGCGUGAUGGAAACCAUGGCAGCGCGUCUGUACGACGUACUUUACCGGCAACUUACAGCAUGGAUGGUGUAUGGUCAUAUAGCAGACGAAUUCUUUGUUUCUGCAGCAGCAGCUACCUCACCAUCAUCGUCAUCGUCACAAACGAACGGCAGCAACGUGGGAUGGCAACGUUACGUCCUUGUCAAAGAUCGAAUUCCUACACGCAUCCCACCUGCUCUAGCUGAAUCCAUUCUCUUCGUCGGCAAAGCAGUGGCCACAGUCAAAGAUCCACCUGAAAUCAUGAAACGCGAAAACCUACAACUCCUCGUGGCACUACAACAUCGACAACGCACCCUCGAUCACGUCGUACAACACAUGCGGAAAACCACAGCAGAUUGGCUAUUUUCCAAAGUAUUAGUCGGCGAGCAUGCAUUGGGACGCUAUUUUACAUCGUUUCGUAACAUGUUUCUUUUGGGCUAUGGUGAUCUGACCACCAACUUUAUCGAAGCAUGCACACAAUGGCGUCAGCGCGCAACACUAUCCAAACGAUCGGUAUCUUCGGCAGAAAAGAUCUUUCGGCAUCAGGAGUUUAAUGCUUUGCUGGCCAAAGCGUCCGUUGGCACCACAGCAACAACAACACAUGACGACGAUGAGGAUGAAUAUGAUGACGAUGUUGAUCGAUUAUUGGACGGCUACAGUGUCAAGAUCCUGGAAAGUCGAGGCGGAGGAAGCGGAUUCAAUGAUUUACUACUCAUUGAUGUAGCUUGCACGCUACGAUACGAUUUGAAAUGGCCUAUUGAUUUAUUCUUGAGCCAGUCCGUGAUGCAUCAGUACAGCAAGUUAUGGUCCUAUCUGAUCGGGCUGAAAAACGUGCAAAUGUCGCUUUAUGAAUCCUUUCUGCGCACAAGUCAACAUGCAAUCUGGCGCUUACGGUCUCACAUGUUAUACUGGGUGAAUGCGUUAUGGAGUCAUGUCCAAGCCAAUGUCAUUGAUGUCCAUUAUCAACAUCUGAUGGACAUUGUAUCGAUAUCGAACGAUGAUCACGACGAUGACAAGAGAAAGACAAGGAAAAAACAAUGGACGUAUAAUACGUUCGGUGGGGUCAACAUCAACAACAUGAAAUCGUUAGAUUUCGAGGAACUGCAAAACGCGCACGCGGAUUACCUGCAGCAUGUGACACGUGGUUGUUUGCUCGCGUCACCUGAGUGUGUCAAGUGCAUUCAAAGGAUCUUGCGGGCAUGUCUGGACUUUUGUGGGGUCAUCAAGCAAAUCAAUGAAGAAUGGCGAGGGACCAAACGACGGAAAAUGGCAAAGACGGCAGCAGAAAUUGUCAGACAGUGGACGCGUGGGUUGGAGCAAGAAUCUGCCAUGACAACAGCAGGCGAUCAAGUGGACGCUAUGGAAAAGGUACAGAAAAAUGCAUCCAAAGAGAGGUAUAUUCUAUAGAAAAGCUCAAGUAUAUUUGGAUAGGAAUUCAUUGCCAUGACGGACCAAUUCUUUGACCUGCUUACAAACGCUUCCCAAGAUACCAAAGUAAGCGGGAAUGUGGACAUGCUGUUAAUGCAAUUGGAUUACAACAAGUGGUAUUCGGGAGACCGAAGUAUGCGUGCUUUAUAAAAUCAUAUGUACUAUUUGAAACAGGUUGAACUUGGAGAAAUCAGUUCAAAUUGAGGCGUGUGGGAUUGUGCGUAGGAUGUGUGUGCG